AUGGCUGAAUCACUUGUAUCCCCACUCCUGGAGCAGAUCACAACAAUCGCUACUCAGCAGGUACAAGAAGAGGUGACAUUAGUGGUCGGUGUGGAGGAAGAAGUCGAAAAGCUUACUAGCAAUCUCAGUGCAAUCCAAGCUGUUCUUGAAGAUGCUGAGAGAAGACAACUCAAGGAGGCUGUUGUAAGAGAUUGGAUCAACAAGCUUAAACAACUGGUUUAUGAUAUUGAUGACGUGCUGGAUGAGUGGAGCACAGCUAUCCUUAAAAGACAAACACAUGAGGAAGCUGAAAAUCAAGCGGUUUCAAAGAAGAUGGUAUGUUCCUUCUUGCCCUCCCCUUGCUCUUGUUUCCAAAAAGUGAUUCACCGUCGUGAUAUUGCCCUCAAGAUAAAAAAGGUCAGUGAAAGAUUAGAUGUGAUAGCCAAAGAGAAAGCGAGGUAUAGGUUUGAAUCUGACAAGGGCAUUGAAGAAACUGAGCGUUUGAUAAUGGAUGGCAAUGACCUUGAAGAAUCAUACACAGCCACUUCUUACGAAAGAGUUCGUCACUCAACUGUGGAGCUUUCAUCACAAGGCCAUUUUCCUGUAUCCAUCUACAAAGCAAAGAAUCUUCGCAGCCUCUUGAUGAUCAACGCUACAAAUCCUUCCCUUGGAGCCACACUACCUGAUUUAUUCAAGCAGUUGACAUGCCUCAGGUCAUUGGAUUUGUCACGUUCUUCAAUCCAAGAAAUACCAAUUGAGGUAGUGAAAUUGAUACAUUUGAGAUACCUGGAUUUGUCAUAUUGUCGUAAAUUGAAGUCACUACCAGAAACCAUAUGUGAUUUAUGUAAUCUGCAAUCCCUAGCUGUUUCUUGGUGUGACUCUAUAAAGGAAUUACCCCAGGCAACUGGAAAACUUACCAAAUUGAGGCAUCUGAUGGUUGAUUAUUCAGGAGUAGCUUUCAUACCCAAGGGAAUAGAGAGGUUAAGUUCUCUUCGAACAUUAGAUCGUUUCCCUGUGUGUAGUGAUGGUGAGAAUGCAAGUAAAGCAGCCAAUCUUGGAGAAUUGAAAAACUUAAACCAGCUUAGAGGAAGUCUUUGGAUUGAGAAACUAGGAAAUAUGGUAGAUGUGAGUGAAGCUGAGAAAGCAGAACUGAAGAAUAAGAAGCACCUGCAGCGGUUGGCAUUGUGGUUUGAUGGGGAGAAAACAGAGUUGCGAGCAAAUGAGGAAGCUUUAAUUGAAGCGUUGCAACCGCCAUCAGACCUGGAUGUUCUACACAUAGAGGACUACAGCGGGAUCUUUUUGCCCAAUUGGAUUAUGUCAUUAACCAGAUUAACAAAGCUUGAACUCGUUGAUUGUGGAAACUUUGAGGUUUUGCCUCCUCUGGGAAGACUGCCCAACCUUGAAUACCUAGAAUUGAUGGGGCUGAAGCAGAGAAGGUUGGAUGUUGGAUUUUUAGGCAUAGAAAAUGUUGACAAGGCUUAUAUCAAUGAAGGAGAACUGGCAAGGGUCCCUGCUUUUCCCAAAUUGAAACAACUCAAAAUUUGGUAUCUGGAAGAACUAGAAGAGUGGGACGAUUGGAUAGAAAGGAGAGUGGGAGAAAAAGAUGCUACAACUUCAAUCAUAAUGCGACAACUUCAAGAAUUGAGAAUUUCUGACUGUCCAAUAUUGAAGUUAGAAGAUCUUGAACCACGACUUUAG